AUGACUGAUAUUUCUUCUAUUCUUCAAGGAGGCUAUAAUCAUCCGACAUCUAGAUUAUGGCAAUCAGAAAGAAGUUUACGAAAAGCUUCAUUAAUGUAUCCAAUUUUUAUAACUGAUAUACCUGAUGCAGAAGAAAAUAUUUCUUCUUUACCUGGUCAAAAAAGAAGAUGGGGUAUUAAUAAGCUUGAAGGAUUUCUUAAACCUCUCGUUGAAAAAGGUUUAAAAUCAUUAAUAUUAUUUGGUGUUCCUACUAGUGGGAAGGAUGCGACUGGAUCAAAAGCUGAUGAUCCAGAUGGACCAGUAAUUUUAGCGAUAAAACUUAUUCGAAACAAAUUUCCAGAAUUAUUUAUUGCUUGUGAUGUUUGUCUUUGUGAAUAUACAGAUCAUGGUCAUUGUGGGUACUUGAAUGAAGAUGGCACUAUCGAUAAUUUGGCUAGCGUUAAACGUAUCGCUGAAGUGGCGAUAAAAUAUGCUAAAGCUGACAUGAUGGAUGGACGAAUCAAAGCCAUCAAAGAAUCAUUAAUCAGAGAGAAGCUUGGUAAUAAAGUUUUAUUAAUGAGUUACAGCGCGAAAUUUGCUAGUUCUUUUUAUGGGCCAUUUAGAGAAGCUGCAAAUUCUGCACCAACUUUUGGUGAUCGUAAAUGCUAUCAACUUCCUCCAAAUGCCAGAGGUUUAGCACGUCGUGCAAUA